CUCCCCAAUCCUUCUUUUUCUCACUCACCCGUCUUCCUUCUCUUGUUCUUCAAAACAACAACAAAAAAAUAAAUCUUCUCUACACAAAAAUUUAUUCAAAGAAUCUCAAGAAGAUGUACAACGAAUGCAGUUCCCCCUCUUCCGCCGCUAGAUCAACGAGAGGCCACAGAAUGCGAUCUCCCAUCUGCUGCUUAGGAGCCAACGCCGUGGUCGAGCCUGAAGCCAUGAUCGGAUCAAGAACUCCCAAAUCUCCUUACGAGUGGCUCAAAUCAACCGCGCAGGAGCUCGAGAUCAGAGAUCGUUGCCGCCGCGUCAAGACGCGCAUCAAGGUCACGUGCCGCAACAGCAACUGCGCUCAUCAACACCACCAUCAUCAUCAUCAGAGGCACCAGAGCCAGAGCUAUCCUUCUGUGGAUUUCAGCUACGAUCCGUUGAGCUACGCGCUCAAUUUCGAGGACGACGUGCGAGCGUACGAGGAUGUUUCUUUUCCGAAUUUCACGGCGAGGUUGCCGGCGUCUCCGGUGGCGAAAAGAUCGGCGACGGUUGAUUUGAUCUCGUUCUGAUUGUUGAUUAGUUUCUUUAUUUGUAUGACGCGCAGUGAAUACGAGGUCGUUAAUAUAAAUGUAAAUGCUCUUUGGCAUAUAGAUUGAUAUGUGCAAAAAGAUUAAAUAAACAUUUUCUUUUAUCUUUCUC